AUGGCCGCCGAUGACAGAGCCACACGGCAUGUUAUCAAACAAAGGAUUAAACCUGAGAUUUACACCACUAUUGAUGGCAAGAUUAUAGUGGAAGAUGAACUGUUAAGUUUCCUUUCUGUCAAACUGAAGACUGUACCUCAGGAUGACAUUAUCCUGAUGACAGUAAAUCAUUUUGGAUCAGAGUGGAUUGAAAACUCCAAGAAGGUCCUGUUUGAACUGUGUCCUAGCACUGGGCAGGGUUGUGUAGCUCACAAAGGGGAACUGAAAGAUGUCAACAAUGUUAAGAGUUGUCUAAAACUACUGAAUGAGGUUGGUGAGAAUGUUCCUCGCUUUGUGUCCUAUCACUUGGAUGAUCUACCAUCAGUGACUUUUAAUAGCCUUUAUGUCUCUUGCCUGGUUAGUAAGAUUGAACGCCUAAAUGUAGAGUUGGUCUCCAUGAAAAAUACUGUGUGUAAGCAGUCGACUGAAUGUGAGAACCUUCGUGGAAUAACUACAGACAUUAGCAAACGACUGGGUGUGAUUGAGCAACCCAGUGCUAGCAAGGGGAAUGCUGCCACAAUCAUGGCUAGUGAGGAGGCCCAGCUCCAUGGACCAAGUCACAAGUAUCCUGCACCAGGACCCUCGGCGUUGCCCGUCAUUGAGGAGACAGCUGGCGGGGGGAUUGAGGUGCUGAUGUCCCCUGCAUGGAGUCGUGUAUUAAAGCAUGGCAAGCGCAAGCAACGUUUUGGAAAACGAUCUACUGCUGCAGUACAGAACAAGACUUGUAUGAAUCCUCCUAGAGAGAAGAAGGCCAAUGGAAUUGUUGGAACUGGUGCAGUGGAGAACAUACAUGCAGUAACAACUAAGCUGGUGAGUGUCUUUGUGACAAAGCUUGAUCCUGACUUAGAUCCUGAGACGCUGGCUAGUUAUUUAAAAGAACAACUUUCCAGAGAUGUGACUUGUCAGAAGAUUGGCACUGAGUAUACUCGCUACAGUUCUUUCAAAGUUACAGCUGAAUGCAAGGAAGUAGCAGAGAUGUAUGCGCCGCAGCUGUGGCCUGAAGGGACCUAUGUAAGGCGCUUCUAUGAGAAUCGCAAGCAUAGGGCUGCGGAUGCUGGAGCGAGAGCCCAACGCACUGUUAUUGACAAGCUCUUUGAGAAUGCUGAUGUGGUGUGUUUGCAAGAGACUUUUUUAGCUAUUCAAGAUCUGGAUAAACUCAACACUGUGAACAAUGACUUUCAUGGGGCAGGGGAAUCCACAACAGACUUAAACACCAGAAUUUUGCGUGGUAGGAUCCCAGGAGGUGUGGCCAUAUUCUGGCACAAGAAAUUUGACCCUUUGGUCACUGUGAUCAGAAUUGUGAACUGCUUAGUUGAUGGAAGUGAAUCACUGAGAAGUAAAGUGGUGAAACAACAUAUCGUAAGACCAGGGUGGAAUGACUAUGUCCAUGAUGUUCAUAUGGAGGCAAGAGAUGCAUUUAGAAGAUGGGUCUUAGCAGGUGAACCCAUAGAGGUUGUAAAGAAAGUGAAAUAUCUGGGCCAUGUGAUAAGAGAUGACCUCUGUGAUGAUGAUGAUGUGCAGCCAACACCGCCCCUCUCAGUGUUGAGUGUUAACAUGCUUGUGGCAGAUAACAAGAAGCUUCACAACACCAACAUGUACAAGAACCCCAACCUGAUUGUGCGUAGAAAUAAAGAAUUCACCAUCGUCAUCAGCUUUGGCCGCCCUUUCAAUGGUCAGCUGGACAGUGUACAACUGGAGUUUGUGAUUGGCAGCGCACCUAAUGAAAACAAGGGCACCUUCAUCACUGUGUCCAUUGGUAAAAAUAAACGUGACAUUUUCUGGAAGGCUCGUGUGGUGACAACACAAGGCAAUGACGUAAUGGUGGGAAUAACACCAGAUCCGAACUGCAUCGUAGGCAGGUUUAGCACUUUUGUCACUGUAGUGACUGAUUUUGGAAAACAGCGCACUACGAGGAACUCUGACACCGAUGUCUAUGUGCUGUUCAAUCCUUGGGACCCUGUGGAUCAAGUGUAUAUGCCCAAUGAUAUCGAGAGGCAGGAGUAUUUGUUGAAUGAAGUGGGGACUAUCUACAAUGGAGACUAUGACAACAUGGCCUCCCGUUCAUGGAACUAUGGGCAGUUUCAACAAGGAGUUCUGGAUGCUUGCCUUCUAGUUAUGGAUACUGGCAAAGUACCUCUAAUAUACCGUGGAAAUGCCACUGAAGUAGUCCGGCAAGGUUCAGCUCUGAUGAACUCCCAAGAUGAUAAUGGUGUCCUGGUUGGCAACUGGAGUAGUGAUUACUCCAUUGGCACAGCACCCACUGCUUGGACAGGCAGUCCUGAAAUCCUGCUCAAAUACGCCAAUGAAGGUUGUGUGCCUGUUUGCUUUGCUCAGUGCUGGGUGUAUGCUGGUGUGAUGAACACUUUUUUGCGCUGUCUCGGGAUCCCUGCAAGGGUCAUCACCAACUACUGCUCUGCUCACGAUAACACAGGAAACCUGAAGACAGACAUUGUGCUGGAUGAAUCUGGGAAUGUGAACAGAGGAAGAACAAGAGAUUCAGUUUGGAACUACCACUGCUGGAAUGAAGUGUUCAUGAAGAGGCCUGAUCUUCCUGCAAUAUUCUCUGGCUGGCAGGUGGUUGACAGCACCCCUCAAGAGACCAGUGAUGGUCUUUAUCGAUGCGGCCCGACAUCUGUCAAGGCUGUCAAAGAGGGAGAGCUCAGCUAUCCAUUUGAUGCAAGGUUUGUCUUUGCUGAGAUUAACAGUGAUGUGGUUUACAGUCAGUCUGAUAAGUACGGAAAUUUAAAGAUCAUCAACGUGGAUACCAAGUAUACUGGAAAGCUUAUUGUGACCAAAAAGCCAAACAGUAAUGUCUAUGAGGAUAUUACGUCCAACUACAAAUAUCCAGAAGGUAGUGAAAUGGACAGGCAGACAAUGCAGAAUGCAGAGAGUCGUGGUGUUCCAACCAGAAAUUACUUACCAGUCACUGAAGGUGGUGUGGAUAUAGAGCUUCUGGCUGACACAGUCAAAAUGGGUGAUGACUUCAUGCUGACCAUGAACAUUAAGAACCAGAGCAGCAAAACCUGCACUAUCCAUACCACCCUCACAGGCUGUGUGGUGUUUUACACAGGGGUCACCAGCAACUUCUUCAAGUCUGAAAAAAAAGAUGCAACUGUAGGUCCCAGGAAGACUCAGACCCUGAAAAUAAAUGUCUAUGCUUUUGAGUACAUGCCCUACCUGGUGGAACAGUCCAACCUGCAGUUCGUUGUGUACGGGCGCAUUGAUGAAACAGGAGUGUCCCUUUCAGCGAUGAAAGUCAUCACACUGCGCCCUCCUGAACUCAUUAUACGGGUAUCUGGAACUCCCCAGGUUGGCAAGGAUAUAAUGGUCAGUGUGGAAUUCCGGAAUCCUUAUAAGUUUAAUCUGAAAAACGUUCAGCUCCGCCUUGAUGGACCUGGUCUAAUACCGACCAAACUUAAAACAUACAGGGAGAUUAUAUCUGGUGGCUUUUUGCAAUAUGUAGACACGAUCACCCCUAUGAGUCGUGGGAGAAAGACGCUGAUAGCGUGUCUGGACUGCACUGCACUGAGACAAGUCACCAGCCAGCUGGAAAUCAACGUAAUGUAA